AUGGCGCCGGACGCAGCGUUCUCAAAUAUUAGCGAUAAAAAUGAAUUCACUAAGUUCACUAAGUUCUUAGCCUAUAAGGGGGUGCAAGUCAUCGUCGAGUCGCGCAAAGGUAUCAAGAUCGAACCGAAUACAAAACCACAUUCAUCAGACACGGACUGGUUUAAUCUUCAAAUACCAGACUCCCCUGAAGUGAACCAAGCGACGAAAAAUGCGCUUCCUUCAGAUAGAAUUCUAGAAACAAUCCGAUCACAUCUUAAUGUCGAAAUAUCCGUGCAAACUGAAGAUGGCGAUGAAAUGGUCCUCGAGUUGUGGACGCUAGGUCUAGAUGAAACUCAGUUUGAUACGACUUUGAAAGCUAUGAAUACAGUUUAUUUCAGAAUGGGAAUAUUAUUGAAGUCCCUCAUCACUAUUACGAGGAUAACCCCCGCGUAUCAUUUAUCAAGAAAACAACGGACAGAAUCGUUUACGAUUUUCUAUAGAGUAUAUAGCGGUGAGCCGAAGCUAAAAGCAUUAGGUGAUUCUGUAAAGAAAGUUCAAGCUGGCAUGCUUAAAACACCACUUGGCGGGCUUGGCUUCACCGUAUCCUACCGAACUAACUUUUCCAUAUCACCAAAUAGAUCAGAGAAAAACAAAACACUGUUAUUGAAAAGUGAUCACUUUGAACUGAGCCCAAAACACGUAAUCUUCGAAACGAAAAAGAAAAAGGAACCAAAAUCACCACAACCCGUAGACCUGAAUAAGCCGCUUAGAUUGGCAGCUUUUGUUGAUGAAAUACUUGUUGAACAAGCGAUAAGAGAAUUUCUAGAGAAAAUACCGAUACCAAAAUGCAGAGUUAGACCGCGGGUCACAUUGAUGGUUGAAGAUAAACCCGAAUGUAAGAGCACUCAGGAAUUAGACAUGAGUGUUAUUUCAAAGAGUCCAACAUCACUAGAAAUGCCGCCUAAAAGAUUCCCUGGAUUCAGGAGUGAACAUGAACCGCCGUUAAAGUUGCUUUGCUUUCCCUUCGCUGAUAACCAUCCCAUACGCGAAUUGGCAGAAUUUUACAAAGACUUUUUUAACGCGCCACAUUUAAAACUAUCAGAUUAUAGCACAGCGUUUAAGGAAGAAAAAGUAGAAAUGACUACGGAAGAUUUUUCUGAAGAUCUCGCGAAACAUGAAAGUUCUCUUAUCGAAUUUGAUAGAUUGGUCGAUGACAUGUGCAGGUCGGCUGAAUGGAGUGGAAACUGAGGUGUUGGAAGACUGAUAUAUUAUGAAAUGUUAUGGGAUAUAAAUAAAGUUUAUGAUGGUUUAA